UCCAACCUCACAAAAAAAAAAAAUUUUACCAAAAUUUUCUCUUCAAUCUCUAAAUACUUUCUCUUUAUUUUCCACCCGAAAUUAAUAUUUUUAACAACAUAAUAAAGGAGCGAGAAUUUUUUCAUAAGAAAAUCGAUUGGCAACAGUGCGACUUAACCUGUCAGAGGAGCGACUCGUCAGUGUCGACGAGUGUCGACUAAUUAGUAAUUUCGCGUGAUUUUGCUGCCUGAAAAAUUGGGAGGGUCAAGGAAAAAAUUCGACACCGUUUUCCGUCGAACCUUUUUUUUUCGUCCGCGAGUUUCCAACUGGAUUUAGCUUGUGAUGCGGUGGUGAAAGUCCACAGAUUGAGGAGGAAUUGCAGUAGAAAUUGGAAAUAAUUGGGUGGCCGUCUUGACAAAAGCGAAAGUGAAAUGUCGGGACAUAGGGGCGGAGGUGGUGGUAGCCACCAGGGUGGCCCUCCAGGUCUGAAACAAAUCGACCUGGACCAAAUCUGGGGGGAUCUACGAGAAGGCAUCGAGCAAGUCUACAAUCGACAGUGCAUGUCGAAGCCCAGAUAUAUUGAGCUUUACACUCACGUUUACAAUUAUUGCACCAGUGUUCAUCAACAGUUAACCAGGACCUGCAACAAGAGCAAAAAGGGCCAAAUGUCCGGCGGGGCGCAACUCGUUGGCCUCGAACUCUACAAACGGUUACGGGAAUUCCUCCGCAAUUAUCUCAUUAAUUUACUUAAGCAUGGAGUGGAUCUAAUGGACGAAGACGUACUGCAAUUUUAUACGAGGCAGUGGGAAGAAUAUCAAUUUAGUAGUAAAGUUUUGAAUGGAGUUUGUGCGUACCUAAAUCGACAUUGGGUUCGACGAGAAUGCGAAGAGGGACGCAAAGGGAUUUACGAAAUUUAUCAACUCGCUCUAGUCACGUGGCGUGACAAUCUCUUCAAACACCUCAAUCGACAGGUGACAAAUGCCGUUCUGAAAUUGAUAGAGCGUGAACGAAAUGGAGAGACAAUCAAUACGCGACUGGUGAGUGGCGUGAUAAAUUGCUACGUUGAGUUGGGCCUGAAUGAGGAGGAUCCCGGGGCCAAGGGGCAGAAUCUCUCCGUGUACAAGGACUCGUUCGAGAACCUCUUCCUCGAGGACACGGAGCGAUUCUAUACCCGCGAGAGCUCGGAAUUCCUGCGUCAGAAUCCGGUGACGGAGUACAUGAAGAAGGCGGAGCAGAGGCUGCUCGAGGAGGAGAAGCGAGUGCAGGUGUACCUGCACCAGACGACGCAGGAUCGGCUGGCAAAGACCUGCGAGCGAGUCCUCAUUGAGAAGCAUCUCGAUAUUUUUCACGCCGAGUUUCAGAAUUUGCUUGACGCGGACAAGAACACGGAUCUGGGCAGGAUGUACCAGCUGGUCGCGAGGAUACCGAAUGGCCUUGGCGAGUUGCGCAAUCUGCUCGAGAGUCACAUUGCCAAUCAGGGAUUGGCGGCGAUCGACAAAUGCGGCGACACGGCCGGAAAUGAUCCGAAGAUGUACGUCAAUACGAUUUUGAUAGUCCACAAGAAGUACAACGCUCUAGUUUUGGACGCGUUCAACAACGACAGUGGAUUCGUGGCUGCGCUCGACAAAGCCUGCGGCCGAUUCAUCAACAGUAAUUCCGUGACAAGAGCGGCCAACAGCAGCAGCAAGUCGCCCGAAUUACUCGCCAAAUACUGCGAUGUACUUUUAAAGAAAAGCAGUAAAAAUCCCGAGGAGGCAGAACUCGAGGAUACCCUCAAUCAAGUCAUGGUAGUCUUUAAAUAUAUAGAGGAUAAAGACGUGUUCCAGAAGUUUUACAGCAAAAUGCUCGCGAAGCGCUUGGUUCAGCACAUGUCUGCGAGCGAUGACGCCGAGGCCUCGAUGAUCUCGAAAUUGAAGCAGGCCUGUGGCUUUGAGUACACCUCGAAAUUGCAGCGCAUGUUCCAGGACAUUGGAGUCUCGAAAGACUUGAAUGAACAGUUCCGCAGACACUUGACGAAUUCGGCUGAGCCGCUCGAUAUCGACUUCAGCAUUCAAGUUCUCUCAUCAGGCUCCUGGCCCUUUCAGCAGUCAUUCGCCUUCUCCCUGCCAACCGAGUUGGAAAGGUCUGUACAUAGGUUCACAACUUUCUACAGCUCUCAGCACAGUGGCAGAAAGUUGAACUGGCUUUACAAUAUGUCGAAGGGGGAAUUACACACAAAUUGCUUUAAGAAUAGGUAUACACUGCAAGCCUCCACUUUCCAAAUGGCGGUACUAUUGCAGUAUAAUGUUUCGACUUCCUGGACAAUACAGCAACUCCACGAGUCCACGCAAAUUAAGAUGGACUACUUGAUUCAGGUGAUGCAGAUUCUCUUGAAAGCAAAAUUGCUAAUCUCGACCACCGAGGACGAAGCCGAACUCUCGCCAGCAACCUCCGCCGAACUUUUCACGGGUUACAAGAACAAAAAACUGAGGGUAAACAUCAAUAUCCCGAUGAAAACGGAACUGAAAGUGGAGCAGGAGACUACACACAAGCAUAUUGAGGAGGACAGAAAAUUAUUAAUUCAAGCGGCGAUAGUGAGAAUAAUGAAAAUGAGAAAGGUGCUCAAGCAUCAGCAGCUCGUAGCUGAAGUUUUGAAUCAAUUAAGUACCAGGUUCAAGCCAAGAGUACACGUAAUUAAGAAAUGUAUAGAUAUUUUAAUAGAAAAGGAGUAUCUGGAGCGGACGGAAGGUCAGAAGGACACGUACAGUUACCUCGCAUGAUCUGUCGAUGAUAAUAAUAAUAAUAAUAAUCAUCAUCGUCAUCAUCAGAAAAAAGUGUUGACGUACGUGAAAAGACGACUCUAUUUUACCAUUGUUCAACAACAACAAAAACAACAACAAUUGUCCCAAUAUUUAUUUACUACGUCGACGGCAAACGUUUCUGCGUCUCAAUACUCGCAGCCAUCUCAUUGCGCUUCUUCUUCCUCUUCUUCUUCUUCUCCAUCUUCUUCUUAUUCUUCUUCUUCCUAUUCCUCUCUCGUCGCAUUUAGAAGAUUCAUUCUGGUUUUUAUAAUACGUUAAUAAAAUUAUUUCAUAGUGAUUUUCCUCCUCGCUAGGCCUCCUCCUCCUUCCAGCUCGAAUUUUACCCGGUUUUUUUUUUGGUUCGUUUCUUUUUGACUAUACAAAAAAAAAAAGGGAAAAAAUUGAACGUUGAGCCGCCC